AUGUCAUUAUUUCGAAAACCAAAGAAAAUUCAAAGACGUGUUUUUUGCGCGGAUGAUGACGAUGACGGGGAGCCAGAGCCACCGCCGCCGCCAAUUAUCAGUCAGAAGAAAGAAAAUAAACCUAUUAAAAAUACCCCGUUACUAAGUUUUGCUGAUGAAGAGGAUGAUGGUGAAGUUUUUAAAGUAAAGAAAUCAUCUCAAAGUAAGAGACUUGCUAAGCGAAGGGAGAAAGAAAAACGGCGCAACCCCGAUGGUGAUGAUAUCAAAUAUGAGAAUGAUAUACCAGAGGAGACACCUAGUGCUGAAGGAACGACCGAGGAGAAGAAUGAGCGGCCGAAGAAGAAGGUGACUCUCGAGGGUCUAAUACUGGCCGGCCGGGAGGCGCUGGCCGCUGACGGGGCCGGUGAUGUCUCCGAUGACGAGACCGAAGAGGGGGAUGAGGAUUCCAGGGGGUUCCAUCGGUACCGCGCCGAGUCGGUGCGCGCGGCGCUUGCUCAGCCGGGGCGAAUCCCCGACGCGGCGCUCAUCCACGCAGCGCGCAAGACUCGACAGCAGGCUCGCGAGCUCGGCGACUUCGUACCUAUACAGGCGGAGGCAGUGUCCGGCUCGCGGUUGAUACGCGACGAUGGCUCCGGCGACGACGACGAUGACGAAGACGGCAGGAUACAGGUCCGUGGCCUGGAAUUACCCAGCGACAAGCCUAAGCGUGGUACAGCUGCUGCCGCAUCGGAAGAGGAGCUUGACAGUGAAUCAGAAGAAUGGGAAGAGCAGCAAAUGCAGAAGGCGAUGGCCGCUAUCACAGAUGUGUCCGGAGAGGGCAACGUGGAGCUGAAUCCGUUCGCAGUGGCGCCGCCGCAGCCCCGCCUCACGGAGCCUCCGUCGCACCUUCGCUCGCUGAUCGCCCCCGGCAGGCCUCCGCCCUCCUCGGCCCAGGAGCUCCUCGAUGCACUCAAGACGCGGGUGGACGAGCUGAGGGGCGAGCGCGCGUGCACGCAGCAGCAGCGCGACGAGUGCCGCGACCGGCUGGUGCGGUGCGUGCGCGAGCGAGAGGCGAGGGGGGUGCGGCGCGCCCGUCUGGACGCCGCCUACAGGAGGGCGCAGGCCGCGCGCGGAUACCUCACCGACCUCGUCGAGUGCCUGGACGAGAAGAUGCCACAACUGGAAGCGUUGGAGGCCCGGGCUCUGGCGAUGCACCGGCGCCGCUGCGAGUUCUUGGUGGAGCGGCGACGGGCAGAUGUGCGGGACCAGGCGCAGGACGUGCUGGCCCUGGCUGCCAGGCCGGGCGCCGCCAAGCCGGCGGAGAGCGAGGAGAAGACGCGUCGCGCGGCGGAGCGCGAGGGGCGGAGGCGCGCGCGCCGGCUGCGCCGCGAGGCGGCCGCAGCCGCGGCGGGGGCGCCCCCCGCGCACCGCGACGGCGACUCCAGCGACGACGAGCUGCCGCCCGCCGAGCGGCAGCACUUCGCGCAGGAGGCCGAGGCGAUCCGGCAGCUCGCGGCCGGCGUGUUCGCGGACGCGCUGCCCGCGUGGCGCGGCGUGCGCGGCGUGUGCGCCCGCAUGGCGCGCUGGCGCCGCCAGGAGCCCGCGCUCUACGCCGACGCCUACGUGGCCGACUGCCUGCCGCGCCUGCUCGCGCCCUACGUGCGCCACGAGUUGAUACUAUGGAACCCGCUGGCCGACGAAGAUAACGAGGAUUACGAGAAAAUGGAUUGGUACAAAUGCCUGAUGAUGUACGGCGUCCGCGCUGAGAGGCAGUCCAGCGACUCGGAAGAGUCCGCCUCCGACGAGGCCGAAGAGGCCGCGCCGCUCAGCGAGGAGGCGCUGCGCGACGACCCGGACCUCUUCCUCGUGCCCACCAUCGUCAACAAGGUCGUGCUGCCCAAGGUCACAGAGCUGGUGGAGCACGCGUGGGACCCGGUGUGCGUGCGCGCGUGCGUGCGGCUGCGGCGCGUGCUGGAGCGCAGCGCGGCGCUGCCUGCCGCCGGCGGGGCGCCGCUGCGCCGCCUCGCCGCCGCCGCCGGCCAGCGCCUCGCCGCCGCGCUGCAGGCGGACGUGUUCCUGCCCGCGCUGCCGCCCGCCGUGCUGGAAGGGGCGGGCAACGCUUUCUGGCGGCGCUGCCUCGGCGCCGGCGUGAGGCUGCUGCGCGCCGCCCUCUCGCUCUCCUCGCCGCCGGCCACUCUCAACGCGGACAGCAUAGUCCUCUCGCUCAUCGAGACGCUGUGCUGCGCUGCCGGGGCGGCGGGCGGCCCGCAGGCGGCGGCGGCGGCGGCCGCUCUCGCCGACACGCUGCCCCGGGCGGGGGCACUCCGCGCGGGCGCGCUCAAGAGGCUCGCCCGUCUCGCCGCGCUCGCGCUCUCGCGGCUGCACUCCGACAACCCGCUGCACCUGAAAGCGUUGGAACAGGCGCGUGGUGUACUGGCCGAGGCGCGCGCGGCGGAA